UCGGAACAGUCUCACUCACUAUUUUUUCUUUCCUUUUAGCCUUGCAAAGAAAAUUCAGAAAUGCUUGCAGCAGGAGGGGUUUCCAGGUCAAUGUGGGUUUCGAUUCCGUCUCUGCUUCCUUGUAAAACCCAAAAUUCAGAUGCAAGAACGUGCUUGCCUCGGAAAGUUGUACACAAAUCCCGUUCCUUGUCUCGUUUCUCAGCACUUCCUCUCCGCAGGAACUUUUCGAUUCAAACACAUUUCUCUUUGAGGGCUUCUUCUUCGGUUGCUGCAGUUGGAACUGCUGAAUAUGCAGAAGAACCAUCAACCAAGGUGAAAUUUCAGAAGUCUUUGAGUUUACCAGGUUGCGAAAGUUCAAUGUCUUUACUUGGAACUGGAUACAGGGAGAAGGUUUUUGCAAUCAUUGGUGUCAAGGUCUAUGCUGCAGGACUCUAUAUUAACCAAUCAAUCUCAAGUAAAUUGCACGCAUGGAAAGGACGCCCAGUAGUUGAAAUUCAGGAGGAUUCAUCCUUGUUUAACUCAAUAUUUGAGGCACCUUUGGAGAAAUCAUUGCAGAUUGUUUUGGUUAGAGAUAUUGAUGGCAAGACAUUCUGGGAUGCAUUGGAUGAAGCCAUUUCCCCAAGAAUUAAGUCACCUUCUUCGGUUGAUAAAUCUGCUCUCUCAAAAUUCCGUAGCAUAUUCGAAGGUCGAUCCCUUAAGAAAGGAACUUUCAUAUUUUUGACCUGGUUGGAUCCAUCAAAGUUGCUGGUAUCUGUGUCCUCUGAUGGUUUACCAUCAAGUGUGGAUGCUGCAAUUGAGUCAACAAAUGUCAGCUUUGCCCUUUUUGAUGUGUUUAUGGGAAAUGCUCCAGUUUCUCCUUCGUUGAAAACAUCAGUUGCAACUGGGCUUGCAACAGUCCUCUCAAGUGAAUAAUAUGUGUAUUUUCAAGCUAUGUUACUCUAGUGAAUACCAUGUACACCACUGCAUGAAAUAGAUGACUUUGGAUGCUGUAAUUGAUACUGAAACUCUUGUAACUUUUCUGCGGUUUAAAUGUCUUUGAAAAUUAAACAAUGAAAGCUAAAUGCUUAGAAGAGGUUUAAUACAUCGUGCUUCUGCAUAAA